AUGGACGAGGAAACAUAUUUCAAGCUCCGCAUGGCCACGCCCAUGAAGAGGGUGUUUGACACCUACGCCGACCGCAAGGGCGUAUGCAUAACCACGCUGCGAUUCCUCCUCAACGGCGAGCGUGUCGGUUGCGAUGAUACCCCCGCGUCACUGCAGCUCGGGCCACAGGAUUGACCCUUUCCACGUACCGCGACGACUGCUGCUGCAAGGGAGAGCCAAGGGGUACCCGUAUUUCUUAAGUACCUUGUUGUUCCUCCGUGUAAUUAAUUCUUUCGAUAAGAAGCCUGCACCUGGCUCGUGUUUCAGUCCUUUCUUUCACGUUUGAAAACGUCUCUGUGGUCGGCCCAGCCAGAUGAAAGAGAGUAUCGUUUGCGGUGACCACAUGCUUCCAGAAUAUCAGACGUCCCCGUUACGUCUGAAGAUCUGUUCGACCCAGAUCACAUGAAAAGCAUCGUUUACAACCACCUCGCACAAUCUUGGAUAUUGCCUCUUGUAGGGCAUUGGAUAGGCCGUGACGUAGGGGUGCCAAAGUUAACCAUUUUCUUGGAGGUCAGCGUCGUUGGC